AUGGAUAAGUACAAAGUUAUGUGUAUACCCAUAAGAUUGAUGGAGAAAGAGGCCUUGCCUACAAUGCUCACUUCGUUGCAAAAAGCUACAAUUAAGUUGAAGGAUUGGACUACAACAAGGUCUUUGCUGCCGUUGUGCACAAAGACUCAAUUCAAGUGUUCUUCAGCAGUCGUGAAUCCCUUUGACAUUGAAUGCGACCAAGUUGAUAUCAAGGCAGCGUUUUCAAAUGGAAAAUUGGAGGGAACAAUCUACAUGCAAACUCCAGAAGGUUUCAACAUCCCAGCAAACAAAGUACUUUGGUUUUGCAAGUCGCUUUAUGAUUGA